AUGCGGGCCGAGCACGGACUCUGGUUUGGCGAGUUGCCGCGGCCAGUGACGGCGAAAGAUGCCACAGCGCUGCAGCUCGCGGUGUGCGCGCCUCAGCAUGAGCGGGUCUGGGGCGACGAUGUGGCCGCCAUUCCGGCUGCGCUUGCCGCGUACCUCGAGGUGCUAGAUGCGCAAGACAACGAUGGACCAUCGCUGGACGCCGACUUUUCGUGGGAGCACGCAUGCGUCGAGUCUCUGCCGCUAGUGUCGUGGCGUGACCGUGACCACGCAUUUGUCUUGCUCUGCCUCGGAUUCUUGACCGCUCUGGAAGCCGAAGUGAAAGCCCGUGAUGAGGAUGACGCGGUCGGAGUCACCGACCGCUGGCGCCGCGCCGCAGGGUACUUCGGCGAUGCUUCGCUCGGUAUCUUUCUGGCUUUCGUCGUCUCAGCGCCUUGA